CAGACAAGUUAAGGGUAGCAGUUACUCUGAGUGAGAUUAUGCUGCUACUCUAACUGGUCCCUUCCUGGUCACUGAUUUAUGCAGAGCACCGGGUGACAGUGAGUACAACAAAUCGUGUAUCACACAACCAGGACUGUGUUACUGCCGUGGUGGAUGUGAUUAAGGCAGGAGCUACGGGCGGAGGAGCCGUGACAGAUCAGCAAAGGACAUGUUAAACAAGUAACUUCAUCAAGAUGAAUAAAGUAAAAGUGACCUCUGAAAAAUGCCUUUCGAAUAAUUCUCGCCUAGUAACCCUCUUGUUACAGCUGGAAAAGAUCAACACAGAAUUUUCAGUAUUGGACUCUGAUAAUGCACGAUAUGUUACAGCAAAGCUCCUUCACUUGGUUCAAACCCAAGAAAAGACAAGAAAAGAGAUGACUGCAAAAGGCUCCACUGGUAUAGAAGUCAUUCUCUUCACAUUAGAGAAUACAAGGGAUCUUCAAACAAUACUAAAUAUUGUGAAUAUUCUCAAUGAACUAAUGUCAGCAGGGGGAGGACGAAGAAUACAUGUCUUGGUAUCGAAAGGAGGGACUCAGAUCUUGCUGCAGUUACUGUUAAGUGCCAGUAAGGAAUCUCCUCCAAAUGAGGAGCUUAUGGUGCUUCUUCAUAGUUUGCUUGCAAAGAUUGGGCCAAAAGAUAAGAAAUUUGGGAUAAAAGCACGAGUUAGCGGAGCAUUGACAAUAUCUCUAAGUUUAGUGAAGCUGAAUUUGCAGAACCCAAAGAUUCUACUUCCUUGUCUUCAAGUUUUACGGGUCUAUUGUAUAAACUCUGUAAAUGCCGUACAUCUGGGAAAGAACGGAGCAGUGGAAGUUCUAUAUAAGAUAAUUGGACCAUUCAGUAAAAAGAACACGGGCCUGGUGAAGGUGGCUUUAGACACACUCGCUGCUUUGUUAAAAUCAAAAACAAAUGCCAGAAAAGCUGUGGACAGAGGAUAUGUUCAGGGACUUUUAACAAUAUAUUUAGACUGGCAUCGUCAUGACACCCGCCACAGGCACAUGCUGAUCCGUAAAGGGAUUCUGCAGUGCCUUAAAACUGUGACCAACAUCAAGCUAGGCCGCAAAGCUUUCAUUGAAGCAAAUGGUAUGAAAACUCUCUACAACACAUCACAGGAGUGCCAGGCUGUGAGAACAUUAGACCCUCUUGUAAAUACUUCAAGUCUGAUCAUGAGAAAAUGCUUCCCCAAAAAUCGUCUUCCAUUACCAACCAUCAAAAGUGCUUUCCAUUUCCAACUUUCUGUAAUUCCAACAAGCGGACCAGUGGCUAAUAUUUACAACAUGCCCCCUGAAGUGGAUGAUGUGGUAGAUGAGAGUGACGACAAUGAUGAUAUUGAAGCAGAUACAGAAGGAGAGGCUGAAAAUGAAGAUGACAAUGAUCAAGUCUUUAAGAAUGAUGAUAUUGAAACUGAUCUUAGUAAGCUGAAACCGACACAAGAGCUAGAAAGGACAUUUGAUGAUCUUAAAAUGUAUGAGUGCUUCUUCCCAGAACUUACAGAGGAUUUUCAGGACUAUGACUUAGUCUCAAAAGAUCCAAAGCCUGGAACAAUGCUUGGUGGGCCCAUCAUUGUUCCAACUGCAGGAGAAGAACCAUCAGAUAAGUCAAGCCAUAUGAUCACGGGACUGAGUGUGAAAGGCAACCGUAUUUUAUUAAAAGAUGAAUGUAAUAAAAGACCUACUUUUUUGGAUGUAUCAAUUAAAGAUUGUAAUAAAAUCUACAGUGGUCCUUUACCGCAGAGUCAGAGUGAUCUAGAGAGGGCUUCAUGUUUUUUUCUAAACAGUGACAUCGUUAGAGAUUUUGAGAGACUUUCUUUGCAGAAACCCUCAAUAAACCACACAUGCAAAAAUGGCUGUGCGUUGUCUAAAGAGAAGAAUGGUAUAGGUCACCCCUGCAAUAAGUCCACACAGAACUCUUCCGCAUGCGUCAACAACCCAUUUGAAAAGCAUUCUGUGCACCUUGGCCCUUUAUGUUGCUCGCGAGUCAUGCCUGAAGACGAGGAUGAUUCCUGUUUAUUAAGUGGGGAAGAUACACCAGAAAUUCCAGACACUGAAAGUGUGUUACUUCUCCAUGAUUCAGACCUAUAUGUUGAACUUGCAAAAGAUACCAAAUCCGUUUCUAAUUAUACAUACGUGUCAUAUUCAGACUACGUUGGCCAUGUGCCACCUUAUUUUAAAGAACCUAUACUUGAAAGACCAUAUGGUGUGCAAAGGACAAAAAUUUCUCAAGAUAUUGAAAGAAUGAUUCAUCCAAAUGACAUCAUAGAUAGAGUAAUAUACGAUCUUGAUAACCCAAGCUGCCCUGAACCAGAUGAGGCAGAUGUUCUUAGGUUCAACUCUAAAUUUGAAUCUGGAAACCUACGGAAGGUCAUUCAGAUAAGAAAAAAUGAAUAUGAUCUUAUUCUGAACUCGGAUAUAAACAGCAACCAUUACCAUCAGUGGUUUUACUUUGAAGUUGCUGGAAUGAGGACAGGGGUUGCUUAUCGAUUUAACAUCAUUAACUGUGAGAAGUCCAACAGCCAGUUCAAUUAUGGUAUGCAGCCACUGAUGUACUCUGUACAAGAAGCAAGGGCUUCCAGACCUCGGUGGAUGAGAGUUGGAACUGACAUAUGCUACUACAAGAAUCAUUUCUCAAGAAGCUCAGCAGCAACAGGAGGACAGAAGGGAAAGUCCUACUACACGUUGACCUUCACAGUAACAUUUCCUCAUAAAGGAGAUGCCUGCUAUUUUGCUUAUCAUUAUCCAUAUACGUACACCACAUUGAAGAUGAACCUGCAAAAACUGGAAUCCAUGCACAACCCACAACAGAUCUACUACCGCCAAGAUAGUUUAUGUCAGACUCUUGGAGGAAAUGGCUGUCCUGUAGUCACUAUAACUGCUAUGCCUGAGUCCAAUUACUAUGAGCAUGUGUAUCAGUUCCGAAAUCGUCCCUACAUUUUUCUCACAUCCCGCGUCCAUCCUGGAGAGACUAACGCAAGCUGGGUUAUGAAAGGAACUUUGGAGUUUCUGAUGAGCAACACAGCCGUUGCGCAAAGCUUACGAGAAUCCUACAUUUUUAAAAUUGUUCCAAUGCUUAAUCCUGAUGGUGUGAUCAAUGGAAAUCACCGAUGCUCCUUAAGUGGAGAAGAUCUUAACAGGCAAUGGCAAAACCCAAAUGCAGAUCUACAUCCUACAAUCUACCAUACCAAAGGCCUUCUGCAGUAUUUGUCAGCUAUAAGACGUGUUCCUUUGGUUUAUUGUGAUUACCAUGGCCAUUCUCGCAAGAAAAAUGUGUUCAUGUAUGGCUGUAGUAUUAAGGAGACUGUGUGGCAAACAAAUGCAAAUGCUGCCUCAUGUGAUGUAAAUGAAGACAAUGGAUAUAGGACACUGCCUAAGGUUCUCAGUCAGAUAGCCCCAGCAUUUUCUUUGAACAGCUGCAGUUUCGUUGUUGAAAAAUCCAAGGAAUCCACUGCACGUGUCGUGGUCUGGCGAGAGAUUGGAGUACAAAGAAGUUACACCAUGGAAAGCACUCUGUGUGGCUGUGAUCAAGGAAAGUACAAGAAUAUGCAGAUUGGUACAAAGGAGCUUGAAGAGAUGGGGGCCAAGUUCUGUGUUGGUUUACUUCGUUUGAAAAGGUUGACGUCACCUCUGGAGUUCACACUUCCACCGAGCCUACUAGACAUUGAAAAUGAUUUCAUUGAGACCAGCUGUAAAGUGGCAAGCCCAACUACUUACGUUCUUGAGGAUGAUGAGCCGCGUUUCCUUGAGGAAGUUGAUUACAGCGCGGAAAGCAAUGAUGAUGCUGAUCCUGAUUUGAUUGAUAAUGUUGCCGACUAUGAACCUUCAACUCAAGAUGAGGAAGGACUUUCUGAUUCAGAGGUCCCCAGGACUCACAUGACUGGACAUUCCACAUAGCCACACCCCAUAUGCACUUGUUGUGAUGGAACUUGUCUAUUGCUUAUAUUACAACUAUUGGCAGUUUGAAAAACGUGUGUUACUGGCUUCUGAUAAAAUUCCAUUGGUUUAAUUUAAACUUUGGUGCUCUUAACAUUGAUUACAUAUUUAAAGGACAUCAUUUUUUUGUUUUGUUCUUAGCUAUAUUGCAUGGUGUUUCUUCAAGUUCUAUUUUCACUUGAUUCUACCAUAGCUUUAGGUGUAGAGCAGAUAAAAUCACAGAAAAUGCCAUAUCAAUGGAAACCGGCAAAGUAUCCAUUAAACUAUUGUAUAUGAGCUUGCUUGCUGAAAACAUAGUAUACACAUGAAUGUAAAGCAUUCAGCAAGCCAUUGAGUUGUGUUUGUGACUGUGAGACUUGUUUUAUCCUAAUUGUUAUCCUACUGUUCCAGUUAGUCUACAUUAAUAAAAUAGUAUUUAUAACCAAAUUCUUCUAAAUUAAAUUUAAAAAUUAGUGUUAUAUAACAGUAACAAAAAUAUGGUCCUAUGUGUGAAUGAAUUGAAUUACCUAUGAUUUAGCAUAUUUUCUUUUUCAAAUAAUCAAAAUAAUUUCAAAUAAGUUAUCAUGUUCUAAUUAGUUUUUUUUGUGUAAAACUAUUAAAAAAAAUGCAGAAUAUUAACAGGUUAGUUAAAGAAGCCUUUUAAAAAUAUAAAGUGUAAAAAAAUAUUUUUGUAGUUUCCACCUUUAGACUUUCUUUAUGAAUUCAUUGUGAGUUUUUCAUUAAAUUAUAUAUUUUAUUUUGUUUUGUUUUUAAACUAAAUUGCAAAAGAAUUUAGUUCUUUCAACUAUAUUGAGCCAUGUAUACAGGGAAGGGAUAUGUACUAAAGAGGCACUUGUGGAAAUAAUUUGUCGUCCCACCCAUAAAAUUCAGUUUGGUGCCUGUUAAGCCUAUGUGAGCCAUUUGGAUGUGCAUCUUUUUUUUUUUUGCAUAUAGAUUUAGGUAAUAUAUUUGCUAAAAUGGCUCAGUUAUACAUUAUAUUGCACUAAAAAGGGUCCAUGUGUUAAAAACGUUACUACAUUUCCAAAACUGGAAAAAUAAUGCAACCAAGUAUUUGCAGAACAAAACUUCUUUAGUAAAAAAAAAUUCUUAAUGUAAGCAUUGUGCUAAAAGCUAAUAUGCUCUGAGAUAAAAGCUUUUUAAAGAACAGUAUUCAGUACUCUACGGUAUACUGCACAAGUGUAUACAAGUGUUUUGUUGUCCAAGUUUGCAAUUUUUCUUUACGUUGUCCAGUUUUAACAUCUACACAUUUUAAACUUAAAAUUGGUAUGUUUCUCUUGCAGGUUGGCUAUGGAUUAAAGGAACUGAAUCAAAUCUGAUGUUACAUAUCAAUAAAUUCAUUACAUGUGACAGAACUGUUUUUUUUUUCUUCCAAGAAAAGCAUAAUUUAGUGUUGUGAAAUAUAUAUGGGUUAAAAGAAACGUAAAGUCAAAAUUAAAUAUUCCAAUUUAUUUAUUUAGAUCAAAUUUGCUUUGUUUUCUUGUUAUCCCAUGUUGAAGCAUAAUCCUAGGUAGGCUGAUAGAGCUUAGAAGGAUGCACAAGUCUUUAACAGGCUAUAGCAGCAGUGUUUCCAGCAUUGUAUAAACUGCAAACACUGCUGCCAGAUGACUAUAGACACGUGCACGGUCCUGAGUUCACCUAGGAUUACUCUUUAGCAAAGGAAACCAAGAGAAGUAAGCAAAACAGAUAACAGAAGUAAAUUGGAAAGUUGUUUAAAAUUUCAUACUCUAUCAAGUCAAUUUAAAUUUCAUUUUUACUUUACUGUCCCUUUAACUUGCAGUCUAACUGCUUCUUCCUACAAUUUCCACAAAUAUUUACGUUGCCCAUUGUAUCAGGAAAUGUACAAUGGUAUUAAGUUUUUUUGUAGAGGAGUCGAGGUAAAGGGUGCUGGUUACUGGUGAAAAUGGGAAGAGGUGCCCUAUUUAAAGAAUAUUUCUAGCCUUCAUAUCACUUGUAUCAGUCGUGAAAAAAACAUCUUAUUUAAUGUUUGAACAUGCCUUAUUAAACGCAUGGUAGAAUGUGGGAUCUCAAUGUCCCUUUAAUGAUGUAUUUAUGACACAUACUGAAAUUCGCAGUGUUUAAAAUAUUUUUCUUUAAAGAUGCUUUGUUUGGUUGCCAUUUAACAACUUCUCAGAUCUUAAAAUACUGUUUUCUAAAAUGAAAUGUGUAACCCAAAGCAGAGUUUUGUGCAAUAUUUAUUGUGAGAAUGUACAUUUUUUUAAUUAUAAUAAACUGUGUUUGAUUUUUA